AUGUCUCGCCCACAAGUUUCUAUUCUAUCUUUGACCGGAGAAUCUACCUCCGCUGCUUUCCCUUUGCCAGCUGUUUUCUCAGCUCCAAUUCGUCCAGAUAUUGUUCACUCUGUGUUCACCUCUGUGAACAAGAACAAGAGACAAGCUUAUGCUGUUUCUGAGAAGGCUGGUCACCAAACAUCUGCUGAAUCAUGGGGUACAGGUCGUGCCGUUGCUCGUAUUCCACGUGUUGGCGGUGGUGGUACCCACAGAUCCGGUCAAGCUGCUUUCGGUAACAUGUGUCGUGGUGGUCGUAUGUUUGCUCCUACUAAAACCUGGAGAAAGUGGAACGUUAAGGUUAACCACAACGAAAAGCGUUAUGCCACUGCUUCUGCCAUCGCUGCUUCUGCUGUUGCCUCUUUGGUUUUGGCCAGAGGUCACAGAAUCGAAAAGAUUCCAGAAAUUCCAUUGGUUGUCUCCUCUGACUUAGAAUCUAUCAAGAAGACUAAGGAAGCUGUUGCUGCUUUGAAGGCUGUUGGUGCUCACUCCGAUGUCGUCAAGGUUUUGAAGUCUAAGAAGUUGAGAGCUGGUAAGGGUAAGUACAGAAACAGAAGAUUCACUCAAAGAAGAGGCCCAUUGGUUAUCUACUCUGAGGACAAUGGUAUUGUCAACGCUUUCAGAAACAUUCCAGGUGUCGAAACUGCCAACGUUGCUUCUUUAGGCUUGUUGCAAUUGGCGCCAGGUGCUCAUCUAGGUAGAUUCGUCAUCUGGACUGAGUCUGCUUUUGCUAAGUUGGACCAAGUUUGGGGUUCUGAAUCUGUCGCUUCUGUCAAAUCUGGAUAUUCCUUGCCAACCAACAUCAUUUCUACUACUGAUGUUACCAGAAUCAUUAACUCUUCUGAAAUCCAGUCCGUUGUCAGACCAGCUGGCCAACCAACUCAAAAGAGAACUAAUGUUCAAAAGAAGAAUCCUUUGAAGAACAAACAAGUCUUAUUGAGAUUGAACCCUUACGCUAAGGUUUUCUCCGCUGAAAAGUUGGGCUCCAAGAAGGUCGAGCAAACCGCUAGAUCUCAGCCAGCUGAGUCUUUUACUGAAACUUUGAAGCACGAUUAA